UGUUGAUGUAGCAUUUUUUGCCUUAUGAAAGUAACACAGCAAUUGUUCGACCAAUGAGAAUACUCGACUAGUCGACCAGGAGACUACAGCCCUAGAAAAAAGGAAAAACGGGGCAUUUUUAAACGAGUUGAGAGUCAAGCUUUCAGCGACACAAACACAGGAACAUCUCCCACACCGGCUCUAUCCGCUGGACUCCCUUGAAGGUUUGAAGAGAUGUCGUCCGUGUGGCAGCAGGAGCCGUCGGGUUAUUCCCCCUGUGUAGAGAUUGACUCCAGCUCUGUGAGGUGCAAAGACAGGCUCACCUCUCCGGUCUGGCUGAAGCAGGAACAAGACGACCUUCGGAUCAUCAAGUGGGAGAACUUUCAAACGGGCACUUCAGCUGAUGCUGUUCAGGACAACACACCCAGCAGUGCCAUGUCUGCUGGCUCACAUGCUGAAAGCCUGCCCCCGCGGGUGCUGCUGACCAUCACCAAGCUGCAGUGCAUGCUGGAGAGCAAACAGGAGCGCAUUGCUGCACUGGAGAGGCAGGUGGAGGACCUGAUGCAAGACCGCAAGUUCCUGAGGAGCCAAAUUGAAAACCUCACAAGCAACCGCUCCAUGCCAACUUUUGCAUCACCCAGUCCACUUGCUGAAGCUCCUAAACCCAGCAAAGUGCAGCACUCAGAAAACAAGUCUCGGAAGAGAGAGAGAGCUUCUUCGUGUUCCUCUGACAGCAGCGAGAGCGGCUCAGAAGCGUCAGACUCAUCUGAAGUUUCAGCGGCCUCGAGUGAACACAGAAGGAAGAAACACCAUAAGGACAAGAAAAGAUCAAAGAAAGGGAAGGACUACAGCAGGAAGAGAGCCACUGGUGUCCAGUACGUUAUCCAUCGCUACAAACAAGUCCUGUCAGCCUUCAUCAAGAAGAAGAGCAUGAGUGAAGCGUUCCGCCAUCUUGGAAUCGACCGGAACACCAUUGCCAACACGGCAUCGAUCGCCGAGCUCCACAUGGCUGGCAAAGACAUGGUCCCCCUGGUGGGCAUGUUUCGCCAAGGAGAAGAGACUCUGGUCAGCUACGCGCACAGGUGCACCCUGGUCAUCGACAGCGACGCCGACCUGUCCAGGAAAAUAGACCAAAUGAAAGCUAAUGGCGAGCUUCUGCCCAUCUCAGGGAAAAGGCCGAGGGUGUUGCAUUCUCACCUGCAGCAGCUCGGGGGCACUGCGGAGAGCAUUUUAAUAGGUUGAUUAUUAUUUCAUUGCAUGGGGGAGGAGGUGAAACAUAAUGCCUUCACAAAAUUCUGUUUGUUUUUCCACCAAUCUGAACUGCUGGAUUUAAAUGUUUUAUGUAGCAUUUUUACAUUUUCUUAAAAGUUGAUUCUCAAGGGGAACAAAAAUCAAAUUAUUUUUAGUACAUGAACACAUUAAGGAUGUAUAUUUUUUACUUAACAGCCAUGAAAAUAAUUUACAGCUGCUGUGACUAAUGUUUUUUUUUUUUUAUUAUUAUCUAAGGGGAGACACACCAGGUGAAUAGGGUACAUUUCUUUAAUUGAUAUCACCAUGUAACUUCCCCAGUUGAUGACUUACAGUAUAGUAAGACAAUUACUUAAAGCCGCUACAAGGAACUUUUAACUGGAUAUGCAAAAGUCUCUCGUUUCUGCUGAUGUCUGUGCGUGACCUACAACAGCAAAUGAGACCAUCGGUGUAAAGAUAAGCUAUUUCUAUAUAGUGUAUAUCCAUACCUUUAGGAAACUGUGUCCGGGUCCGCGGCAGGUCGCAGGUCAUUUAUAAAUAGUCGCUAUUCCUCCUCCUCGACCCGACGUCCGUGGGGAGUUAAAAUAGCAGCAAUCGUCGGGUAAAAGUUCUGUGAAAGCACUGGACUCACCAACAGUCAGCCACGUCUCAGUCACACAGAGAAAAUCCAAUCCUCGGGAAGUCAGGAAAUCCUUCAGGAUAAACGUUUUGUUCGUUAGCGAUCUAGCAUUUACCAGCCCAAUCCUGGCAGGAGCCGGCGGGUCCACAGCGUUAGCCACACACAGAGGCCGCAGGUUGCGCAGAUUCACCCCGCGCCAGUGGGGACGAGGAGAGCAGGGGCCGCGGGGCCGGAACACCUCAUCCGGGCCGACGACAGGUACCAGCCAGGCGUUGACAGGGUCAAGCGAGUGCCGAGAAAUAAAGAGACGAGGCACCGCUCCAUACUCAGUCCAAGAAGCUGUGGAAGUGCUCGCCAAACGAUCGCUGCGUUUACCC